AUGUACAACGUUGGGGCAUUGGUGAUUAAUGUGUUGUUCUUGACAUCUGUUGGUAAGUUUUAAAUAAAACACCACUUUGCAAAAGGAAAUUUGAACUCAAUUCUAUACAUGAAGAUGCUAUCAUCGUAAAUUCGCGCGAUUUUAAAUUUGCGCAAACAGAACGCGUUAGUUUUUCGCGCAGUUUUAAUUUCACGCAAUCUUGAAACGCGGAACAAAAGCAGCUACAUGCAACACGGGUAAAACAUCCAGUACAUAAGCCAAGUAUUUGCACCCACCCUGCUGACUCUGGUCAAUUUAAACUAAAAUCCAAAUAAGACAUAUUUUGUUUUUCAGUUCGCUCAGCGGAGUUCCACUCUUUGCUUGGAAAAUCCAUUUAUGUUCCCAGAGAAGACUUGUUGGGAGACAUCCCGAAUGGAAUAUCAUUCUAUACAAAACUCCCCGACGCAUGCAAGCGCAAAGUGAACCUCGCGACCACCACCAAAGACCAAUCAUUUUACAAGAACACGGGAGAGUUUUACAAGAGUAUCGCAACAGAAACUGGCCUUGACGCGAAAUACGAAGGACAUUUCUCGCUCGGAGCGUCCCUCGAUGUCACCACGAAAAGUGUGAGUGGUAGUAAACGCGAAGUGAGCGGUACCUCUCUCAACUUGAAAACCAAGGCGUACGAAGAACAAGUGAAACCCAACUGCCUUUAUAAUACUGAAAAGCAUUCAAGGCUCAUGAAAGAUUUUUCUGCUCUACAAAAGAAGAUUGCUACACCUUGGCACAAGUCGUCUUGGAGAGAUUAUCAAAGGUACAGUUUUAGCGCUUUUCAUACCUUAAAUUUAUUUCAGCCACGCCUGAGCCUUUGAGAGGAGCUUAUUGUUGAGCGGGCUUUCGAGUGACCUCUAGUUUACGGAAGCCAAUCACAAAACAUUUAUCUUAGCUUUGCCAAGUUUACUGCUUCGCAAAAGUAAUAAGGAAAGUGACCCAAUAUAUGUUUUUACUGCAAUAAUAGGUUCCUGGACACUCAUGGUUCGCACGUCGUCACUGCUGUAACAUUUGGUGCUAGCAUUGAUCAAUAUGCAUUUGGUGAACAGUCGUCUUCUUAUACAGCACGUGAGUUCACAGUAAAAGCAUGUGCUUCUCUGGCAAAAGAUGUUGCUGUCGCCAAAGUCUCUGUUUCUGCAUGUUCUAGUGUCUCUCAAGAAGAAAUCAACAAGGUACGUGGCUUUCGUAUCACGAGUAAAACGCGCAAGUUGUUAAAGAUCUGCAAGCAAGUUGUAACAAGGUUGUUGUCAAGCCGAUAUCAGGAUGUGUUCGCACUGCUUGUUACUAGUUGUUGUAACAAGUCUGAAUCAAGUUGUUAUCACCUUGUUACAAGGUUGAUGACGGUAACAAACUUGCUACAAGUUGUUCCAACAAGACUUUGUUACGUGCAGACGAUAUCAGACUUGUUGGAACAACUUGUUGCGAGUCUGUUGGCCUCAUCAACCUUGUUACAAGAUGAUAACAACUUGUUCCAGACUUGUCAACGAGCAGCAGGGAUCUUGACACUGUUUCCGAGAAUGAAGAGUUGAGAAAACUCUCCUGCAAACUCUCGCUUGUCAACUCUCCCUAUGGUUUCACCAACUUACAUCUUUCCUAGAUUUCUAACGAGCGCAUGACGUCAUCAAUCACUGUUCGUGGCGGGACCCCAGCAACGCGACAAAAAAUCCUCUACGAUCGUUCCAACGAAAUUAUCCUGCAAUUCCUCAAAGAAGGGCAUAGCAACCCCACACCGAUACAGUACACCCUCACACCUGUCUGGCAGAUCCUUGGCGAACAACAAGAUUACAGAGUACAAGCUACAAAUCUUAAAUACUACUUUGAUGGCUUCUUGAAUUUUGGCUGCGAUUAUAAAAAAGGUAUGUUAGCGAUAGAAAUACCGAGGGGGGGGGGGCAUAUUACUCCUCGAAAUUUUUGUGGGGGUGAACCGUCAGAAUAUUGAAACCCUUAGUAAGUUUCAGAUCAAAACAUAAAAGGGUUGGCAUAGCCCCCGUACUCGUUCUUAUGAAAUUUUACUUUUCAAGUUAUAUUUUUCAAGCAGUUGAAUCUUCUAAAUCCACAGCUUUCUGGUAUUAUUCUCACUACCUACACUGGUACAAUCCGUCCGAGUCUUAUCCCUGCAUGUUUAAAAGCUUUUCCAACGGUUGUUUCUAUAAGUCAUUUUCCACGGAUGUUUCUCAGAAAUUCUGAAUGAAUUACAACACUUGAUAUUUCAGCCAAACGUGGACCAUCUCUACAGACCUUCAACUUUGCGACACACUCCACUCAAACAAACCCGGUUUAUGAAUGUACCAUUGCGCCAUCUGGUUGUCACCAUGACGAAGAUUGUCAUUACACGGUCGGAGUAUAUUGUUCGUGUUAUGGCGACUCCUGUAUACGUCAUCUCAGCAAGAAAACGAGUUCUGGUAAUAGUCGUGAUUAUGCUGCCCUGGAAAAUAACAGUGGGUGGGCAUGGCAAGGGUGUGACUGGUACACUUGGGGAUCAAGCUGUUCCUGUUCCAAAGAAAACUCCGCAAGAAAACCUAUCUGGCCCAUCAAUUGA